AAUCAUUUUGCACCCACCAUAUCUGAGACUGUUAAGAGGUUCCACUUUAACAGACGCAGCCAGCAGCCGGAUGAGAGUAUUGCUGCCUAUAUAGCAGAGCUGCGCAGAUUGGCAGAAAGUUGUAAUUUUGGCAGCAGUUUGAAAUCUUUGCUAAGGGACCGUAUUGUGUGUGGGGUCAGGGAUGCAGCACUGCAAAGAAGGCUGCUAGCUAAGCACAACCUAACCUUUGCUUUGGCCCAGGAGGAAGCACUUGCUUAUGAGGCUGCAUCUGUGCAUUCCAAGGAAAUACAGGCCUCACCCAGUUCAGUUAUUGCACCGGAGCUGCAUCAAGUGUAUAACAAGCCUGAUGUUAAACUGCAGCCUGCAUUAGCACAAGUAUCAGAUCAAGCAAAAGUAAUGUGCCAUAGUUGUGGGGGAGGCCACCUGCGUGGAAACUGUCGUUUCAAAAAUGCUGUGUGUCACAAAUGCAAGCGUCGUGGCCACAUACAGAGAGUCUGCCGCCAAGCUGAUAAUCUACAGAGACCCAAGCAAGCCAGAGCAAAUCUAUCUGGGAAUGCAACCCAUAUAGUGAAAAUCCAAAAUGACACCACUGAGAAAGAGGCAGAUACAGGUAUCUAUAUCUCUGAAAUAAUAAAUAGUGUUGAAAAUCAGCCAAUGUGCAAAAAGAAAUACACUGAUGUAAUACUACAAGGAUCUAAGUGUAGAAUGGAGGUAGAUACAGGCUGUGACUAUUCCUUAAUUUCAGAGGAAACCUUCCAUGCAUUAUGGCCCACUAAUUGCCCACCUAUUUUACCAUGUGACGUUAGACUUGUGGAUUACAAUAAAAAGCCUGUGGAUGUUGUGGGUGCAUGUUUUGUUAAAGUCCUCUAUGAAAAAGACAGAGGAAAACUACGCCUCAUCAUUACUAAAGGUCAAAGAGCAAGUUUAUUAGGAGUAGAGUGGUUUGAACCCCUGGGCAUUCAGUUAACCGGAGUAAAUUAUGCAACAGCAGACUCUUUGCAAGCAGUCAUCAAAGACUUUAGUAGUGUAUUUGAAGAAGGCCUGGGUAAAUUUAAGGGCUCACCAAUAUCAUUCCUACUGGAUCCCAAAGUUGUCCCAAUACGCAUGAAGCCCCGGCCUGUACCAUUUGCUCUCCGUUCAAAAAUAGAUGACGAAAUAGAUCGCUUAGUGCAACAAGGAGCACUAAUUCCAGUAACCCACCCAACUUGGGCCACCCCAAUAGUGCCUGUACUGAAGCCAAAUGGAGAAGUGAGGAUAUGUGCUGACUAUAAAUGCACAAUCAACAAGGCAUUACAAGAACAUCCAUAUCAAAUUCCUGCUGUCAAUCAAAUUCUCAGCACCUUGGCUAAGGGGAAGUUAUUUGCCAAACUUGAUUUAGCGCAAGCAUACCAGCAGUUGCCGGUGGAUGAUGCAGCUGCUGAUGCACAAACAAUUAUCACACACAAAGGAGCAUUUAAAGCUACUAGAUUGCAGUUUGGUGUUUGCAUUGCACCAGGCGUUUUCCAGAAAUUGAUGGAUGACCUUCUUUCCAACCUGCCAGGGGUGGUGCCAUAUUUUGACGAUGUCCUCAUUGGAGCAGACUCUCUGGAAUCAUUAACUGAAAGGGUGAGAGCAGUAUUAAAGCAAAUUUCAGAUGCUGGAUUAAAACUUAAGAAAGAAAAAUGUGUUUUUGGGGUACCAAGUGUUGAUUUCCUUGGAUACAAAGUUGAUGCACAUGGAAUACAUCCAACAGAUACAAAAGUGAAAGCCAUUCAUGAAGCUCCAUUCCCCAAAAAUAAACAGGAGCUGCAAGCAUUUCUUGGCCUAUUAAAUUUCUACCAUUCCUUCUUGAAAGACAAAGCUACUGUGGCUGAGCCGCUGCACAGACUACUGGAUAAAAAUGCUACCUGGAAGUGGUCAGCCCUGCAUGAGCAGGCAUUUAGUGAUGCCAAGAGACUUUUAUCAUCAGACAGUGUGUUAGUACAUUAUGAUUUGAAUAAACCUCUUACCCUGACAUGUGAUGCUUCUCCCUAUGGAAUAGGCGCGGUUUUAAGUCAUACCGUAAGUGGCGGUCGUGAGGCUCCAAUUGCAUUCUAUUCACGGACCAUGAGUACCACAGAAAGGAAUUAUGCUCAGAUUGAUAAGGAAGCUCUAGCCAUUGUGGCAGGUGUAAAAAAAUUCCAUGAGUACUUGUAUGGCAGAGGUUUUGCUAUUAUUACUGACCAUAAGCCGUUGUUGGGACUUUUAAAGAAUAAUGGGCCUACUGCACAGAUAAUUUCUCCACGCAUGCUAAGAUGGUGUUUAUUGCUGAAUGCUUAUGACUAUGAGUUGCAGUACCGUCCAGGGAAAGACAUAAGUAAUGCAGAUGCGUUAAGCCGUUUGCCUCUAAACACUCCUGAUUUUCAAGUACCGGCCUUGUCCGAGGUCCUCAUGCUAGAGUCCUUAGCUAGUCCCCCUCUACAGGCAUCAGAUAUUGCUCGCAUGACAGCUACCGACCCAGUAUUGUCUCGAGUGUUGAACUGGGUAUGGAGGGGGUGGCCAAAAAUAAGUUUAAAAGAAGAGUUCACACCUUUUGAGAAACGCCAGCAUGAACUCUCUGCAUACAAAGGGUGCCUUUUGUGGGGAAAUAGAGUGGUAAUUCCCAAAGCUGGGCAAACCCAUGUUCUCAAAGCCCUGCAUGAGAGUCACCUAGGUAUUGUAAAUAUGAAAGCCCUUGCAAGAAGUUAUGUCUGGUGGCCUAAAGUGGAUGAAUGCAUUGAAAAAUGGGUAAAAAGUUGUGUUCCUUGCCAAUCCACCCGCCAUGCCCCUGCUAAGGCCGGGGUACAUCCAUGGGAGGUGACUCGGAGCCCAUGGUCUCGGCUACAUAUAGAUUUUGCAGGCCCAUUUCAAGGUCAAACAUUCUUCCUUGUAGUGGACUCCUUUUCCAAAUGGUUGGAAGUUGUUUCAGUUGCAUCUGCAACCACCAAUGCAGUCAUUCAAGUGUUGCGGAAGUUGUUUGCCACACAUGGGCUCCCAGACACAAUUGUAUCAGAUAAUGGAGCACAGUUUACAUCUGCAGACUUUAGAGCAUUUAUGGAAAGUAAUCUUAUUCGUCAUGUGACAACAGCACCAUUCCAUCCAUCCUCAAAUGGGCAAGCUGAGCGAAUGGUCCAGACUACAAAGGAUGCAUUAAAAAGGAUAAUUGAUGGUGACUGGAAUUAUAGACUGGCAAAAUUUCUGUUGCAGCAGCACUUUUGA